AUGAUUGUGCAGUGGUUUAUUUUAGUUGUGCUAAUCCAACAGGCACAUAACGCAUGUGUCAAAAAUAGGAUUGAACUUUGGGAUCCUACAAAGUGUGAGGCCGGAAGAACAUUUUUCGCAAAAUUGAGUUCCGUUUCUGACAAUAACUACAUUGCACAACCUUACCUUUAUCCUUGGCUCACGGAACUCAAGGUAACGCUGCCGGACCAAACAAAAUCCUGCACAGGGGCCUUAAUUAAUGACAGAUACGUGUUGGUGGCACAGGAUUGCAUUUUUCCAUAUAUCCAGCCCGACCAAGUAACUGUACAUGUCGGCUUUUUCAACGGGUACGGCAAGGAUGUGUCGGAGAUAUUCCAGGCGAGGACUUUACAACGAAAAGCGGCGCACUUUAUUCUUCAUCCGAAUUUCGACCCUGGAAACCUCCAAACGGUUGCUAAUAAUUUGGCAUUAAUCAAACUGGACGAGCCAGUCUCAUACAGUAAAACGAUAUAUCCUAUACAAUUACCGACCAUCGCUGAACAAUGUAAGUCGCGAGUAAAACUUGCAAAAAUACACUGGUGGUUUUAG